UGCUGCUGUUUGACGCUGUGACGCGGCAAGAUGGCUGCGCGCAUAGGGCUGGUGAAACAGCUCCACUGUGCGCUUUUAAAAACAAAAUUAAGUGCUUUAUCUGCGGGAAUAAGACGCUGCUCGGCCCUGUCUAACUCAGAAUCGCAUAAAGAAUUCACAUCUAAAAGAGUACGGCGGAAGUUUAUCGACUUUUUCAAGGAAGGUUUCGAACACCGGGUUGUGCCGUCCUCCCCCGUGCGUCCGAGAGGAGACCCGACUCUUCUGUUCGUCAAUGCAGGGAUGAACCAGUUUAAGCCUAUUCUUCUGGGCUGUCCGGACCCCCGCAGUGAGAUGGUAUCGUACCGGCGGGUGGUGAACAGUCAGAAGUGUGUCCGUGCCGGAGGCAAACACACCAUCACACCUUCUUCGAGAUGCUGGGGAACUGGUCGUUUGGUGAUUACUUCAAGGGAGGUCAAUGGUAGCCUGCGACCUCUGCCCCAGUGCAGUGUGGAUACUGGGAUGGGUUUAGAGCGACUGGUGACUGUACUGCAGGGGAAACGCUCCAACUAUGACACAGAUCUUUUCACACCUCUAUUGUCCGCCAUCCACCAGUGCUCCAAGGCUCCUGCAUAUCAGGGCAGGACCGGAGAGGCUGAUGUGGGUCAGGUGGACAUGGCCUAUCGGGUCUUGGCCGACCACAUUCGGACACUCUGCGUGUGCAUCGCUGACGGAGUUUACCCAGGCAUGACAGGCGCUGAGCUAGUGUUGAGGCGUAUCUUGAGACGUGCCGUAAGGUUUUCUACAGAAGUGCUGCAGGCCCCUGAGGGUGCGCUGGCAAGCCUGGUGCCUACUGUAGCUCAUAUACUGGGUGAUGCCUAUCCUGAGCUGCACACAGAGUCUGAGAGGAUCAUGGAUCUCAUUAAUCAGAAUGAAGUCAAGUUCCUGUCCUCACUGAAGCAGGGCAGAAGGGUGAUUGACAGGACCCUCAGCAAUAUGGACAAAGACACUGCUGUUUUUCCAGCCUUGGUUGCCUGGUCAUUACAUCGUAACCUGGGCUUCCCUCUUGAUCUCAUUGACCUGAUGCUGGAGGAGAAGGGAAAGAUGGUUGAUAAAAAAGACAUGACAGUGCUUGAAGAUGAAUAUGAGAAGUUGAGGUUUCAGUCGGAGGAGGAUGAUGGAAACAGGGUGGACCAGCUGGAUCUUCAUAGCCUGGCGGAGCUACAAAGUCAAGGAGUUCCUCAUACAGAUGACUCCCAGAAAUACUGUUACAGUCUGGGAUCUGAUGGACAAUAUGUGUUUCAGCCUUGCAGAGCGUCAGUCCUGGCACUCUACUGUGACGGGGCUCUGGUUUCAGAGGUGAAUGAGGGUCAGUGCUGUGGUGUGAUUCUGGACCAGACCAGCUUUUACGCAGAGCAGGGCGGACAGGCGCAUGACCAGGGUUACUUCACCAAGGAUGGACUGCAGGAUGUGCUGUUCCCUGUAAAGUCUGUCCGUCUGGCUGGGGGUUAUGUGGUUCAUCAAGUCACGGCAGGAGAGACUUUGAGAACUGGAGACCAAGUGGAACUUCAUUUAGAUGAGGCUAACCGCCUGGGCUGCAUGGUGAAGCACACCACCACACACUUGCUAAACUUCGCUCUGCGAGAGUUGCUAGGUCCUGCUGUUAACCAGCGAGGGUCUCACUGCACCGCCAGCCGGCUCCGCUUCGACUUCAGCAUCAAGGGCUCCCUGAGUGUGUCUGAGCUACAGCAAGUUGAGGAGUUAGUCCAGCACAUCAUUCGUCAAAAUGCAGAGGUGUACAUGGAGGAGGUCCUUCUGUCCAAAGCUAAACAGAUUACGGGUCUGAGAACGAUAGAUGAGGUAUAUCCAGACCCAGUGCGAGUGGUGUCCGUGGCUGUGCCCGUUUCGGAUCUGCUUAACUCAAAAACCAGCAAACAAGCUUCAGUGGAGCUUUGCUGUGGCACGCAUUUAUUGAGGACGGGAGCAAUUGGGGACUUUGUCAUUGUGUCUGAGAGACAGAUGGUGAAAGGCAUUAGCCGUAUACUUGCCGUUACUGGAGAUGAAGCCAAAAAGGCUCGUGAGACGGGCCAAGCCAUGCAAGAGGAGUUGGAGUCUUUGGCAGUCCAGGUAGAAGCUGCAAGCUCUCUGUCUAUGCCAGCAGCACAGAUGCUCUCCAAAGAGGUUGGCCUCCUAAUGAAUGCAGUUGAUAUCACACCUAUCCCACAAUGGCAGAGGAGAGAGUUGCAGACUCGCCUAAAAGCAAUGCAGAAAACCAGCAACACUACCAUCAGAAAAUUGGAGAUCAAAGAGGCUGCCUUGAAAGCCAAAGAGCUGCUGGUUAAACACUCUAAUAAACCUGUGGUGGUGGACUUGAUCCAGACGGACUCUAUAUCGGUGCUGAUGAAGACUGUGCUCCAGCUGAGCAAGAGCACUCCAGAUUCCAUGGUCAUGUUGUUGUCUCACCUGCAGUUGUCAGGGAAGGUGCUUUGUGCCUGCCAAGUACCCAAGGGCUCUGCUAGUGGCUCAGCCAUUAAAUGGGCUCAUUCUGUGUGUGCACGCUUGGGAGGAAAUGCAGAUGGCUCAACCGACGUGGCUAAAGGUGUGGGAAAUGCAGCCAGUCUCACAGAUAUCACAGACAUCUUGCACUGGGCUGAAGAAUUUGCUCAAAACAAAAUCUGAAAGGCAUCCUGACCAAACUAAUACACCACAAUGGAUCUGCUUCAUCAAAAUGGUUAAAUCUAUUAAAUAUAUAGUUCCUGUUUCUUUGUUUUAAAAGGUUGGGACAUAUACUAUAAUUUUUGAUUGUGACAUUUUGGGAGGUGGGGUUAUUUAGAUAUUAAUCACUGCUAUUAAGUUAUUUAUUGCUCUGUUUUGGAGAUGGUCCUCACUGCAGAACAUAAGAUCCAGGGGGCGUGGAUCUACCCGUCUCCAC